CGAGCAUGUGUAAUGGAAAACAGGCGAGCCAGUUCGAUAUCGGACGCCGAGGCGUUCGGUCCGUCCAUGAACGUUUGCAAUUUUCCGUUCAUUUCAGUCUUUAGCGACUCCUCUUUAUUACAGGCGUGCUUUACUUCAUUUACGCUAAAAACGGUGCAUUCUGGGAAUCAGUGAAAACACAAACUAAAACAUUUGUUGUCAGUCGUUCGCGAUAUGCGUGUUUCAAAAAUUUCUUCAAAAUCAUAUAAUCCUUUUUGCUGUACACGCAAACAGAAAAAGAGACAACAACUGUUUCGCAGUGGUUCCUCGCGAGCAGAAAAACGGUAUACUGCAAGCAAGGAAACACAAAAUCGAAUAGAUACGGGUCAAUAAGCCGACCACCGAAGAAACCGAGCUACCGAACGAGUUAGACAUCGCGUGGAAGAUAGGGUCGCCACAGGCCCAUGGCCGGGAACUCUUAUCACCGGUUCUGGUCGUGGAUCCCGAUCGUGAUCCUUUCCAGCUGUGUCAUUUUAUCGAGCACCGAUCCGGCACCGUGCGUUUCCUACGCGUCGAAUCUAAUCGACGACGAGAACAUCUACGAACAAACAGAAUCGGAAGUGACGGUGUUUCUACGGGAAAAUUGUAACGGCGAAACCAACGCGUCGGACAUUCAAGAAUACUUGGACCGAUUUAACUUGGAUGUACCAAUCACUGUGAUACCCACGUCUUUGUCGUGCGAAAGAAAGACGCGAGGUCUCGACACGUUGCUGCGCAUACUUGGCGAGAGAAGAACAAAAGUCCUGGUAGCAGCGCUUGAUACUCCAAUGUGCGAGAUCACAGCGAAAUUGACACGAUUUUGGAACGUAUCCCUGUUUACUUGGACCUGUCCUUUGAAAGAUGACUCGGACGAUAGAGAAUUUUCGUCGAUCGUUAGACUAUCGCCUUCGUUGCCCGCGAUAGCAAAGGCUCUGGCGGAAAUUCUGAUGAAUUUGCAAUGGAAAGCGGUGUCUAUGAUAGGAACCGAUCGUGAACCAUGGUCGAGUCUGGACAGAGCGUUGUUGGAUGCUCUUCGAAAUAUCGGAGCUGUAUUGCGAUAUCGCGUGAUAUUACCGUACCAUGCUUCUCUCGAGGAGAUUCGAAAACUGCUUCGCCCGACGCACGAAAUUUCUCGCAGGGUUACCCUAUUAUGCCUACCCACGUCCGAUGAUAACGAAAUAACAACCAGGGUGCUUACCGAGCUGAACGAUGCUCGAAAACCGUCGAGUGCCGCGUGGACCUCCACCACCGUGAUCGUUCACACGAAAGAUGACGACUUGUUUCUACCGGUCGCGAAUUCAUCGAUUUCCCGUUUAAAUACAACGCUAUCGAUUUCCUUUGAGAAUUUAACGUCUUCCAAUGAUUCACUGAUGAGCGAAUUCGAUGCUUAUAUGAGACUAGCGAGAGCGGAAGGAAAGAGUAACGUGGAAGAAGAAGAAGGAGGAGAAAGAGAACACGGAGAAGAGGAAGAGGAAGAGGAAGAGGAAGAGGAAGAAGAAGAAUUGAAAGGGAAAAGAGGCAAGAGCCGAUAUUUACCACCGAAGAAUCUAAGUUCAGAAUUCUUGGAGAAACUUUUAAUAAUAACGCCUCAUGACCACAGAUACGAUGUGGAGAAGGUGUACGACGGUACCGAAAAAUACACGGUGCCUUCGUUGUUCGACCACUUGAACGAAACUUUCACCGUACUGAUGUACGAUAACUCUACUAUAAACGCAUUCAACAACAAAAUGUACGCAUACGUAUUAUUGGAUUGGCGAACCGAUGCUUGGAAACCUAUAAUGAUCAGCGUGGAACAACAAAGAAAACACUUUGUUCGGAAAUUGUCCACGAACGCUUCAGCGUUCUACGACGCGAACGACGUUGAUCUUUCGAAAUGCGACAUGUCAAUCGACGCGGAACUCGGUAUCGAUUGUGCAGAGAACUUUUCGAAUGAAACAGCGUUUCGGAUCGCGCGUGUCGUAACCAUCAUUCUGGGUUCGUUACUAUUGACGGCAUUCGCGAUAUUGACUGCCGUUCUAAUCAGAAGAAAAUUGCUUAAGAAGAGAAUGUCGAAAGGUCAAUACAAGAUCAUAUUGACCACGUCGGAUUUCGUUUUCCCACAAGUACCUCGAGUAGAUCUCAGAAGGGUGGACGAGGGUAUCGAGACAAUGUUGACCUGUUGGUUGCAACAAUUGCAAGAGUUUGGUGGUCCCGAAGUGGAGAAGCCGGAUCUUCUUCAACUGGGCAGCGUGUCAUCUUUAAGACCGUAUCUACGAGCGAGCACGGGGAAUUUGACGCGACACGGUUUCUUCAAAGUUCUACGCGCUCAGUACAACGGUGACUUGGUGCAGUUGAAAGAAUUACCGACACAGGGUACGUUCGAGCUGAAGAAUAAGGCCAUGGACGUUCUGGUCGUGGUGCACGGAUUACGCCACGAAAAUUUGAAUCCACUGAUCGGAUGUCUAAACGAACCUACGAGGCCUUGCCUCGUUUACGAGUACUGUUCGAGAGGGUCCCUGGAAGAUGUCUUGGUACAAGACGAAAUCAAACUCGACUGGUCGUUCAGACUGUCCUUGCUGACCGACCUUGUCCGAGGUAUGAGGUAUCUGCAUGGCACACCGGUACGAGUACACGGUUAUCUCACUUCGCGUAACUGCGUGAUCGAUGCUCGUUGGGUUCUGAAGGUAACCGAUUACGGACUACCCGCAUUCUACGAAGCUCAGAACAUCGUAUGCCCGCCGAAAACGGCUCGAGAUCUGUUGUGGACGGCACCUGAAUUGCUGAGGCACCCGAAUCUGCGGAAGAAGGGAACGCAAGCGGGAGAUGUUUAUAGUUUCGGGAUUAUUAUGCAAGAAGUUGUGGUUCGCGGAGAACCGUUCUGCAUGCUUGCUUUGUCCCCGGAAGAUAUCAUAGAGAAAGUGAGGAAACCACCGCCAUUAAUCAGACCGUCCGUGAGUAAAGGGGCCGCACCGCCGGAAGCGAUAAACAUUAUGCGUCAGUGUUGGGCAGAAGCAGCAGACAUGAGACCCGAUUUCGACUAUGUUCACGAUCUUUUCAAGACGCUCAAUCAUGGAAGGAAGGUGAAUUUUGUGGACACGAUGUUUCAAAUGUUGGAAAAGUACUCGAAUAAUCUGGAAGAACUGAUAAGAGAACGCACAGAACAAUUAGAUAUGGAAAAGAAGAAAACGGAGCAGCUACUGAACCGAAUGUUGCCAAGUUCCGUCGCAGAAAAAUUGAAAUUGGGAAUGCCCGUCGAUCCCGAGGAAUUUCGCGAGGUGACCAUUUACUUUUCGGACAUUGUUGGCUUCACGACCAUUUCCGCUCAUUCAACUCCGUUUCAAGUAGUAGACCUCUUGAACGAUCUGUAUACCUGCUUCGACGCAACGAUCAACGCGUACACAGUAUACAAGGUAGAAACCAUAGGAGAUGCGUAUAUGGUCGUGGGUGGUUGUCCCGUGAGGAUACCGGAUCAUGCCUCUCAAAUAGCUACGAUGGCUCUCGAUUUACUGCAUCAAAGCGGAAAGUUCAAGUUGAAACACCUGCCGAAAACUCAAUUGAAACUUCGUAUCGGUCUUCAUACCGGUCCGUGUUGCGCUGGCGUUGUUGGCUUGACGAUGCCGAGAUACUGUCUCUUCGGCGAUACGGUGAAUACUGCAUCGAGGAUGGAAUCGACCGGUGCUCCAUGGCGUAUACACUUGAGUCAAGAGACGAAAGACAGGCUAUCCGAAGUCGGUGGAUACAACAUCGAAUACCGUGGACCGACGGAGAUCAAAGGCAAAGGAAGAAUGCCUACGUAUUGGUUACUGGGGAAAUAUGGUUUCGACAAGGAACUACCAACGCCGCCAAAGCUUGGGGAAAACCAUGGGUUGAACGAGAGCAUGGUACUGAUGGAUUCGACUGCAGCGGACACGGGGAUGGAAAUGCAGACUGAGAGAGCAACGUCAACGGAGAUGGACGCGGACACCGAGACAAUGAAGAAAACAGAAACAUUCACGGAAACGGAAAUGGAGACGGUGACUGUGACGGUGACGGGAACGGAGACAGAGACAGAGAUAGAGACAGGAACGGGGACGGAGACGGAAACGAAGGUGGAAAUAGCAACAGUAAUUGAAACUGCAACGUUAAUCGAGAAAUUCUUGGACAAGAAUCUUCCUCCAGUUCAAGAUGCAAAGGAACAAAAAGAAGAAAACCGCGCAGGUCGCAUUGACGUUGACGUCGUCAACGUUCCAACAAUGGAGACACGUGUGGAGAGAAACGAGAAUCCCGGAAAUGCGGUAUCGGUGCAGGAGCAACCAAUUCACUGUACAAACUAUUCAUCGAAAUCACCGACAGACUGUACGAGCAUCUUAGCGACGAGACAGAUAAUCAGCGAAAAAGAAAACGAUCGCGCCGAUACAGUUGGCGUUACGAAAAAUAUCUUUGGGGAGGGUCGAACGUCCCACGGAGCAUCCAUUAUACAUUCCGGCGAAACAGCUACCUUAGGUGCGUCGACAAGUUCUCUAACAUCGAUUGCCAACUCAACCACGAGCUCUUAUAAAGCCGGUCCUGUGAGACAUCGCAAAAUAGGCGGCUACGUCGACGAAAACGAUUUGAGCACACCGUACAAUCAUUACAGAUGUCUCUCACCAAAUGAACACUAUGGAAGAGCCACAGGUUGUCGUUUCUUAAAGAGACAAUUUAGUUUGGACCGACCGGAUGAUGCUGUUUGCAUUGCUUUCGCUGAACAGGCCAAUCAGCAACAGCAACAACAGCAGCAGCAGCAGCAGCAGCAGCAGCAGCAACAGCAGCAACAGAAUCUAAAAACUGUACAUCGAAUUUACAAACAAAACAGCGCGGGCGCAGCAAAUGAUUUGGAACGUAUCGAGGAAGUACCUUCAACUCCGACACCUCUGCUACAGCAUUACAGGCAAGCGGCGUCAGUUUCUCUCUCAGUGGAAUCUCUGACGUUACGCUGAGCACGUUGCACCGGUACCAUUCGUUAAUCGGUCAAACGACGAACACUCUAAUUCAAUUAUAUUUCACGGGAAUCAGACAAUCGCGCUACGUGUUUCGGAACCAUCGUAUAGAAUAUAUAAUAUACGUCGUGCAAACAAUCUCUUCAAUCGCAUUUAACUAUUUUUUAAGAAAGUAUUACAGGGAAAAGAUAAGGUUCGAUCGAUGCAAAAAGGAUGUACCAUUUAUAUGUUCGCAAGUUUGUUUUGCACCCAAUCGUAUUGCCGUCGGCCGGCAAUAAUAAAUUGUGACCUGUAAUAACGUAGCGUUAACGUAGAUAUACAAGAAAUCGCGUCAAAUAUAACAAAUUUUAAUGAUCAUUUUACACAUGCUCAUUAACGCGACUGACAAUCUCUAUUACGUACAAACGUCGACGCGUGCGCAACUCUUUUUCAACAUCGGAUAAAUAACCGAAAUAAUUUCGGUUUAAAUCGCGUCCAAUCUCUAAAGAUAAUAGUUUUAUGUGGAACGAUGAAAAAUAUCAAAUGUAAGGUAUAAAAUGUACAAUGUAAAGUUUAAAGUUUAAAGUUUAAAGUUUAAAGUUUAAAAUGUAAAAUAUAAAAUAUAAAAUGUAAAAUGUAAAGUGUAAAGUGUAAAGUGUACAGU